CCUUGAUUGUCUGCCUUUCAUAGGGGGUUUGUGAACCGCUCUUAGUCUGGCCCGUCGCCCAGGACCUGUUUGCCUUGGGAGACCCUACUAGGGGCAUUUGACUCCCGACAACAUAGCUCCCGGGGUCAUUUGGGCACACAAACUUCAAGGAGGAGUAGUUACUAUUUAUGGCUUUAUUUAUCUAUAUUUAUUUAUUUAUUUAUUUUCAUAAAUCUGACAUGUAAAAAUUGUGCCAUAGUUACUAUAUAUGGCACAAUUUCUAUAUGUCAGAUUUAUGAGAAUACAGUUUUGUUUUUCUUUUUUUGUUUUUUUACCAAGGAAAUGUUUUUAUCUAAUCAAUACUCUAAAGGUACUAUGUUUCCCCGUAAUCUUUCUCUGUAAGCCAAAACAUUGAUUUACAGGUAUAAUUGAUCUAUGUUUUUUAUACACGGUAAUCCAGAAUAUAUAAAUACCAACACAAACGUCUGCUCAACAAUAACGUACAUAUGAUUUUACCCAUUUAGAUCCCUUGGUUAGUAUGACAUCGAUAAAGGAGUGGCCAGUUUUACUGACGCUGUUGGUGUUCUGCUUCUGUCAGGAAGAGGGGCCAUUGUGCAGGCAAAGAGGUGAUCCUGAGGAAGCCCAACUAUCUAAGGAUGGUGACAUUAUACUAGGAGGAAUCUUCUCUUUUCAUAAAAGCUGGAAGGAAAGACUGGAAACCUACACGCACAAGCCUCUCACACUGGAAUGCACCAGUUUGAAUUUCAGAGAUUUCCAGUUUGCCCAGGCUAUGGUUUUUGCCAUUGAGGAGAUUAAUAACAGCACCAAUCUACUACCUGAAAUCUCUCUGGGUUAUCAAAUGUAUGAUACUUGUGGCUCCAUUGCUGGAAGUGUGAAAGUUGGACUGAUCUUGGCUAAUGAUAAUAAAGUGGUGUCUGCACCCACUAACACAACAUGCACCAUGUCCACACAAGUGCAGGCAAUUGUGGGAGACACGUCUUCCUCUCCAACCAUGGCUGUAGCUACUGUUAUGGGACCCCUUCAUAUCCCAUUGAUCAGUCCUUAUGCCUCCUGUGCUUGUCUCAGUGAUAAAUCCAAGUAUCCAUCCUUCCUCAGAACAAUGCCCAGUGACUACUAUCAGAGCAGAGCUCUGGCCAAGCUGGUCAAACACUUUGGUUGGACUUGGGUUGGAGCCAUUAGAAGCAAUAAUGAUUAUGGAGAGAAGGGCAUGGCUAUAUUUACAGAAACAGCACAGCAGCUGGGCAUCUGUCUGGAGUAUUCUGUAGCUUUCUUCAGGACAGAUACACCAAAUGAAAUACGAAAAAUUAUUGACAUUAUUAGAAUUUCCACUUCCAAGGUGAUUGUUGCUUUUCUCCAUUUCCCAGACAUGGAUGUACUAAUGUAUAAGUUGUCAGAACACAACAUGACUGGUUAUCAGUGGGUGGGUAGUGACGGCUGGAUCUUUGAUUCAGAAAUUGCAGAACUAGAUAAGUAUCACAUUUUGGAUGGUGCUGUAGGUGUGUCCAUCCCCAAAACACAUGUAAGUGGCAUGAAACAGUUCAUAUUAGAUUUAAAGCCUGUCAGUUCAUCAGGAAACAUGAUAUUAAAAGAGGUUUGGGAAGUAAUAUUUGGGUGUAAGUUUAAACUGUCAAAUUCAACAGAAAAUGAGAAACAAUGUACUGGACAUGAAGAUCUGGGUGGAUUAGAAUACAGCUUCAUUGAUAUGUCACUUAUGCCUGUAUUCAACAAUGUUUAUAAAGGAGUGUAUGCUGUGGCCCAUGCACUUCAUAAGCUACUUGGUUGUGAUGAAACAUGUAACAUUACUGUGCAACUCAAUCCAUUGACGGUUUUACAACACAUAAAAAUGAUUAAUUUCACAACAAAGGAAGGAGAUGAAGUUUACUUUAAUGAAAAUGGUGAACCACCAGCAAAAUAUGAAAUUGUAAACUGGCAGCCAACAGAAAAAGGUGUUGUGGACUUUGUCACAGUUGGUCUUUAUGAUGCAUCAUUACCUGCAGACAAACAGCUGAGUCUGCAAAAUAAGACUUUAAUUUGGACACAAAACUCCCUGCAGGUUCCUGUGUCACUUUGCAGUGAGAAAUGUUCCCCAGGAACUCGUAAGGUUCUGCAGAAGGGAAAGCCUGUCUGUUGCUUUGACUGUAUAAGAUGUGCAGAGGGGGAAAUAAGCAACAUCACAGAUUCUGUCGCCUGUAUUCAAUGUCCACCUGAAUUCUGGUCAAACGACAAAAGAGAUGUGUGUGUAAAGAAGGAGGCAGAGUUUCUAUCCUAUGAAGAAAUGAUGGGAGCACUGCUCACUGCAGCAUCUUUAUGUGGAACAUGCAUGACUGCUAUUGUGGCCUUCAUUUUCUUCACAUACAGGAAAACUCCUAUUGUCAGGGCCAACAACUCUGAGCUGAGCUUCCUGCUGCUCUUCUCCCUGACUCUGUGCUUCCUGUGUUCUCUGACCUUCAUGGGUCGACCCUCUGAGUGGUCCUGCAUGCUGAGACACACAGCAUUUGGUAUCACCUUUGUCCUCUGUAUGUCCUGUGUUCUGGGCAAAACUGUGGUGGUGUUAAUGGCCUUCAGAGCUUCACUUCCAGGCAGUAAUGUGAUGAAAUGGUUUGGACCAACACAGCAGAGACUCAGUGUUCUGGUCUUCACUCUCAUACAGGUUGUAAUAUGUGUAAUGUGGUUAGUGAUUUCUCCUCCUUUUCCAUUUAAAAACUUAAAGGUAGUCAAAGACAGAAUCAUCUUAGAAUGUGCUCUGGGCUCAGCUGUAGGGUUCUGGGCUGUACUUGGCUACAUAGGUUUUUUGGCUCUGCUCUGUUUCAUUCUUGCUUUUCUGGCUCGGAAACUGCCUGAUAACUUUAAUGAGGCCAAGUUCAUCACCUUCAGCAUGUUGAUAUUCUGUGCAGUGUGGCUUACUUUUAUUCCAGCUUAUAUCAGCUCUCCCGGAAAGUUUAGCGUUGCUGUAGAGAUAUUUGCUAUUCUGGCCUCUAGUUUUGGACUGUUGAUAAGUAUUUUUAUUCCAAAAUGUUACAUUAUUUUACGGAGACCAGAGAAAAACACAAAGAAGAAUAUGAUGGGGAAGCCACCAACAAAGAUCUUCUAAAAUCCUAACAUUAUACAGAAUAUAUUGUGUAUUAUAUAUUUUAUAUUGUAAAUAAAUACCCUCUAGU